ACGAAAAAAACAAAUGGCUAUCUCCGCAAGUUCCAGCGAGUUCCGCGACGCGUAAAAUUUCGCACAAAAUAUUCUAAUCGAAUUUUGGUUAUAGAUUCAAAGUCGACUGAAGUGAAUAAAAGAUUUUUGUGAAUUUGUGAUAAAUUUACGAAAAUGAAUAACAACGAGGAAGGACAAGGACGAGGGUUAACAAUUAGAGAGCAAAUUAGUAAUGAGCAAAGAAAAAGUGACACAAUAGAGAAAUGUCAACAAGAAGAACUUAAGACGGUAGAGAAAAUUGAACCGAUAUCGCCGAUACCUUCGCCUUCACGUUCCGUAGAAAGAGAUGUACAAGCAAUUCUGGGACCAAAUGUCAAAUUGGUGUUUGUACCUCCGGUAGUAGUAACUCCUAAGAAACCGGAAGAUAACAAACCAAUUGCUGAAAUAACAAUAAUAAGCUCAUCGGAUCAUUCAUCGGACGAUGAACCAAAACCAAUGAAAGAAUCGAGUGAUUCUAGUAGUUCAUCGUCAUCAGAAUCUGAAACAACAUUGAUAAAUGGGAAACGAAAACGUGAGAGUAAGAAGCACAGAAAAAAUAAGCGAAUUGUUGUUGACAAACAGAAGAAAACAAAUUCUAAUCAAGUUCUUAAGAAUAAGCGAAAUUCUCGAGUAGUAUCGAGUAGUGAUGAUUCAUCGUCAUCAUCAUCAUCGGAUGAUGAUGAUAAUGUGAAUUUAUCAAAAAAUGAAAAAUCAAAAACUACGACAAAUACUACGAUUACUAAUGAGAAUACGAAUCAUGUUAAACGUGUAAAAUUAAAUUUAACACAAAAUGAUCCAGUUCAGCUAAUUUCGAGACAUUCCUCGACAAUAUCGUUGGAUUCAUUGUUAAGUGAAUCAAGUUCGUCUUCAAAUUUAGAAAAUGGAAAGGUCCAUGCUUCAACACAGACAAAUAAUUCAGAAACGGAAAUUCAGGACGAAGACACGGAACUAAUGAAAUUACGAAAAAUCCAUGCUUCAUUAAAAGCAAUCGAAAAUGACUACAAACAGGUAAUUUCGAUGAUAAAAAAAGUGGCAGCUUUCCGGUUAACGGAAAAAGAUUUCAUCAAAAAGUACAACCUCAAAAUUCCAUUCAGAAAAAGAUCGAAAUUUGAAACUUUCAAUAACAAUUUAAAAUUGAACGAAGAAUAUCGAACUGAUUUUAUUGCAUCUAUGUAUCCAUUAAUAGAUCAUCAAUUGCCAUUGAAUAGAAGUUUAACUGAUAUUAUAAAAAAAUAUUUGUCUAAGGAAAUUUGUAAAAGAUUUACAGCUCUUAGAAAAGUCCCCAAUAAAUUAGUUAUCAAAGAGACAGAAUUUUGUAAAUGCAUUCAAGGUAUUGCGUGUAAAACUUUUAUGGAUCGCUCAACAAUGAAACUGAUAAGUGAGAGAAAAUUCGUCCAAGAAUUUGGAAGAGCUUUUAAUCAAGCAAAAGAGUGGGACGCUCAACGAAGUUGUAAAAUGUAUAGAAAUUUAAACGCUUAGAAACUGCUUUCACAAAAAAAAAAGUUAUUUCAAAAUAACUUCAUUUCAAUGAAUUUAAAAAAUUCAUUUCCUCAAAUUUUUUUUAUUUUCCGACUUUGAAAAUUUUACCCUCUUUAUUAUUACUUAUUA